GUGCUGAUAUUUUCUCGAGUCUCAAGCUCCUAAAUGACAUCUAAUUGAUGGAUUGAGGGUGAAGGAAGUGUAAAGCAGGCGGUAGCAACUUGACGCAAACCCCGCGUUCGCCUCAGCGCGCGUCUUCGAGCUCCCCACCCUCACGCCUGCAGUCUUCAGUAGUGUCGACCUCAACGAUCUGCGAUACCAGCAGUCACAUACGUGCAUAAUGGACGACAUUCACGCGCCCACCGUCUAUUCGGGGCCAACUUCUGGAGGCUAUACAAAUGGAGUGCCAAAGGAGCGGCUCUCGUUGCAGGAGCUCAUCGCAGAGAGGGACAGGGUCGAGACAGAGCUCAAAGCACUGGGGCAAGUCCUAGAUUCGCAUGGUGUCAAUAUGAACACUGGUCUCACCACCUUCGAUGGCUUCCCCCGCAGUGACAUCGACGUCCCUCAGAUACGAACAACUCGAGCGCGCAUAAUACGGCUCAAGAACGACUACAAAGACCUCAUGUCGCGCAUCGAGAAGGGCCUCCACGAGCACCACGCACGAUUGGUAGAGCAGGCGCAGAACGUCCCAGCUGCAGCAAACCAGGCACAAGCAGGGCACAGCGCACCUCCAGCGGCCCCAGAGGCGCCUUUCGCGAAGGUCAACAGCGUAGUAGCUGGCAGUCCGGCAGACGAGGCAGGCCUCAAAGUGGGCGACAGCAUAACGAAGUUUGGCUGGGUGGACUGGACAAACCACGAACGACUAGGCCGAGUGGCGGAGGCCGUGUCGCAGAAUGAAGGAAUACCAAUCGCCGUCAAAGCUUUGCGACCCAGCAGCUUAGGUGGUCCGUCGGAGACUGUACAGAUGCAGCUUACGCCGCGGAGAAAUUGGGGCGGACGAGGCUUGUUGGGCUGCCACCUACUGCCUUUAUAGACUGCAUCUUCGAUCGAGGAGGUGUACAAUGCUGUCAAGGCCAUCGAAAUUCUCGAUUAUGACGUGGAGGUCUUGCACAUCCUGACAAAGCAUUGCGGUGGUUGGGUCAAUGGCUCGCGUGAUGGCCUGCGAUGGAGAGGGCUGGAGCUGAUGGGUGAACAACAGUGCUUGCUGCGUGGCGCAUUGGGUUUGGAACACCAAGCAUCGUGAUACCCGGCGUUCAAUUGCUGCAUCAGAAAGUCUCAAAGAAUUCUGCUUCAAACCGUGCUCUGAUUUACACAAACAUGCUGCUUGAUUGCAAAGA